AUUGACGUUGGAGGGGUGAACUGUUUGUAAAAUACAACACUACGUCGUAUGUUUGCGUGAUAAUUUAUCUUAAUUACAUUUCAUUCGAUUUCUUCACGGAGGAUAUUGUUUUCUUGGUAUGAGGAAAAAUAGAGGUAAGCAACAGCACUGUGGCAAGUUGAUUUCGCGCCUGAGGCGAUAUCCAAAAUACGCCACCCUUUAUAUAUUGAUCGGAAACGCUGAACUUGUAUGUUCAUAAAUUUAUGGAAAUAACGAUAAAGCCGGAUGUUGAAAUCCUCGAUAUUCCUGCUGUACCAGGACUAGUCGCGGCUUUGAUGGUGUGAAUUUUGCACCGAUGCCCACCCAAGAUUCCUUCUUAUUUACUGAGGUUCGAUUACAUCGAUUAUGAAUCUAUUUACAAUUAGACAAAAAGUUAUCGUAUUUCCCCUCAAAUAUUACAAUUGGAGAGUCGCUGAGUAUUGAUUCACUCUUUCUUUGCGUACCUAUAGCAACAAUACUUCUCGGUUGAACGAUGAUGCGAUCGACGGAGGUAAGAUUCGAUAUUUUUUUUCGAAGUAUAAGGGAUCGGAAUAAAAUUAACACAGAUGCGGUUGCACACAGAAGUCAAAGUACUUAGUACUCGGGUUACCAGAGACUAAAAUAUACUAAUUCAGUUAUGACAAGCACGAGGAACUUGCGUUAAUUAGCGCGGGCUUUGUCGGAGUGCAUAAAUUUUCAGCUCCCUCGAGAGACUCGAGUAUAUACGAUCAUGGAGUAUUUUUUUGUAUAUCUUGCAUUGCUAGCCAAGUCUUGCGAGAUAUUCACCGUCGUUAAAUGUUUGGAGUCAGUGAAAGAGCGAGAAAAACGGUAUUUAGUUUAUCCACCACCUGGGGUUGGUAACGCCCCUACAAAAGUGCAGCUUAUUAUUGGUCUUGGAUUACCCAUGGAGGGUGGACUGAUCGUUGGUUACGUCGUCAAACAUAAUUAUAACUUGCCGUACAACGCGACGUUUUACACGGAUCCGUAUGUGCGCUACGAACGAUCGCUCGGCGAGGAAAGAUUUAAAAAAAAACAUCAAGGAAGUAUAACACGUUGGGAAACUUAUAAAAUGUUCGAGUCAGGCUUCGGUAUUUUCGGAAGUGGAAAGUCUUGUUUGUUGAGAGCGAUUUGUGAAGCAGCCGGGUCGCAAUUCAACGAGAAUCAUGGACUUCUGGGUGAACUUUUGCACGUUUUUUUCACGCCAUCGACAACCGACGAAGAGUUUUUGGAGAACGAGGAUCAAGAGUAUAUUGCGGCCGAAUCACUUGGAAGGAAAUCUCCACAGACAUGCAAAAAGUUUUCAUCAGAUUGCGAGACUAGUCCACUUGAAUAUUUCACAGAGACGGAAAACUGAUACGGACGGAUACAAUGUCUGACGGUUAUUUUCGUCGAGACCAUUAAUGUUUAGGUGGUUGUUUUCACCGAUAUUCGCCGCCUCUCUUUCGUACGAUGGAGACCGAUUGUGAAUUAUGACGAAGAAAUAAAAUCUGUAUCACCGUUA